UGUCCCUGAAAUAAACAGCUCUGGGCGAUGCAUACAUAAAAAUUCACACAGAAAGGGAAGAGUGCAUGGGUUGGCUGCUUGUGGCCGAACCCGCUCUGGUUUGCAAAGCUGCGCUAUGGCUCUGGUGAGGUUCAAGGAACUGGGGGAAGAGGACCCCAACCCGGAGGAAGAGGAUCUCGACAGCGUCAAGGCCUUGGCGGCAAAGCUGAAGCUACAGACACGGCGACCCUCCUAUUUGGAGUGGAAGGCCCAUGUGCAAAGCCCCUCCUGGAGGGACAGCCUCAGGACCUGGCCCGAGAAACAAGGCCAAGGGACCGUGGGGACUGAGGAAGGCCACCUAACCCCACCAAAGAAGGCUGUCUGUGGGUUCUCCAGCAUUGAAGAGGCCUUUGAGUGGCUCCGGGCAGAACUGCGGGCCAUGCAGGCGGUGGACCACUCUCUGGCCCGGCAGCUGAUGUCCCUCCGGGCCCAGAUCCACCGGCUAAAGGUGGAGCAGGCCUGCCAUCAGCACAAGGAGAUGUUGGACGAUGCCACCUUUGAGCUGGAAGGCUGCGAGGAGGACUCUGACCUGCUCUGCAACAUCCCCCCCAAGAUGGCCUUCCUCCUCUCCACCCCACUCAAGCACAUCGGACUCACACGCAUGAACAUCAAUGCCCGGCGGUUCUCCCUUUGCUGAAUGGUUGCAGAUGCAAAAUAUGUAUAUUGGGGGUCUCAUCCCUCACUCUCUCCAUCCCUUUCUCACUUUCUCCCUGCCUUCUUCCCUCCUUUCCAUCUUUUAUUCCUCCUUCCCUUUCUUUCUCUCUUUCUCUCUUUCUUCCAUUCUUCCAUUCU